AAGCACGCGGGAAGGCAGUAGCAGAAUAAACUGCGCAGUGAAAAGGCCGGGGGAAUCCGAAUAUUCUUUUUGCUAGCUAACUAGCUUACAACAAACCGAUUAUGGCUGAUAUUAUUCCGGAGGCCGAGGAUAAACCAGAGGAAAUCGCUGCACCAGUUGAAGCUGAAACCGAAGAGCUUUGUGAAGAUGGCACCAAUGGCGUAAAAACAGAAUCCGAAGAAGCCGAAGCUCCCGAAACUCCCCAAGAGAAGUCUGAGCUAAAAGAGAAGCCGGCUGGGAACAGAAGAGGAAAUCGUUUUCAUCCCUACAAAGACAAACAUGGUGGCGGAGCAGACAAGAAAGGCACUCAGAGAAACCGGGUGUUCAUUAGCAAUAUCCCCUAUGAUAUGAAGUGGCAGGCUAUUAAAGACCUAAUGCGGGAGAAAGUUGGUGAGGUUACAUACGUGGAGCUCUUUAAGGAUGCGGAAGGAAAGUCAAGGGGUUGUGGUGUUGUGGAGUUUAAAGAUGAGGAGUUUGUCAAGAAGGCCAUUGAAGUCAUGAACAAGCAUGAUCUGAACGGAAGACCCCUCAACAUCAAGGAGGACCCCGAUGGGGAGCAUGCGCGCCGCGUGCUGCAGCGCACCGGGGGCAUGUACCCAGGGGCCCGGGGGCAGGAUGGAGGACCAGGGGGGAUCAACCUGCCUCCUUCCAUAGCCAACAACCCCAACAUCCCCCCUGAAGUCAUCAAUCUACUACACGCCGGAAGACUGGGCACCACAGUGUUUGUGGCCAACCUGGACUUCAAGGUGGGCUGGAAGAAGCUGAAGGAGGUGUUUGUCAUGGCGGGGACGGUGAAGAGAGCUGACGUGAAGGAGGAUAAGGACGGCAAGAGCAGAGGGAUGGGGACCGUCACCUUCGAGCAGCCCUUAGAGGCUGUACAAGCCAUCUCCAUGUUUAACGGGCAGAUGUUAUUCGACAGACAAAUGCAUGUCAAAAUUGAUGACAAGUCCCUCCCUCCGGAUGAUUUCCGUCCAGUUGAGAAAGCGCCUCAGUUGCCGAGGGGUCUUGGAGGCAUCGGUAUGGGUCUAGGGCCAGGAGGCCAGCCAAUCAACGCUAACCGUCUGAGUGGAGGAGGGGCCAUGGGCUCCAUGGGGACUGGAGGUAUGGAUGGACCUGGGUAUGGAGGAAUGAACAGACUAGGAGGAGGAGGAGGUGGAGGCGGGGGCGGGGGAUUCGGCGGUAUGGACAGCAUGGGCAACAUGGGUGGCUUCGGUGGCAGAGACAUGGCGCCCAUGGGCAGGAUGGGAGACAUGUUCCGCUCGGGGAUCGGAGGGAUGGACAGGGACUUCGGCCGCAGCGACAUGUCCAUGAGCCGAGGGUUCGGGGAUUCGUUCGGGGGAAUGGGAGGAGGUGGCUUUGGAGGCAUGGGCAAUGCUGGCAUGGGCCCCAUGGGGUCUGGAUUAGGUGGAGGAAUGGGCAGCCUGUCCAUGGACCGCAUGGGCUCCAGCUUUGACCGAAUGGGUGGAGGUAUGGACAUGAGCCGUGGGUUUGGAGGCUACGGGGGAGGUGGAGGAGCUGGGCACAUGGGGGGAGGCAUGUCUGACAGAGGUGGAGGAGCCAAGGGGGGAUGCCAGAUCUUUGUACGAAAUCUGUCAUAUGACUUGACUUGGCAGAAGCUGAAGGAGAAGUUUGGUCACUGUGGUCAGGUGAUGUUUGCCGAGAUCAAGAUGGAGAACGGGAAAUCGAAGGGUUGUGGGACGGUGAGGUUCGACUCUCCAGAGAGCGCCGAGCAGGCUUGCAGGAUGAUGAAUGGAACCAAGAUCAACGGGCGGGAGGUGGAUGUUCGUAUAGACCGCAACGCUUAGUAAAUACCUGUAAUAGUAGACCUGUACUCCCACACCCACUGUAAACCGUAUCGCCAUUGCGCUUUUGUUUUGUUUUAAAAACACACAUUUUCCAUAUCUCCACUGUUUCCACCGUUUUGCAACUGGAUAUGCACAAUGUUGUUUGUAUGCCAUAACUCUUUUUUUUUUUUUUUUUUUUACCCC